UGACCCUGAACGCAGCAUUUGUGGCGACGUAAUUUCCUGGAUCACAUUUCCGGUUAAAGAUGGCGGCGACCUUGUGUUCAAAGUUUCUACAGAGACAAGGAUGGCUUCCGCUCACCCAGAGUGUCCGACACGGCUCCAAGGCCGUGACUCGACACCGGAAAACCUUUCACAUCCUCCGGGCGAAGCUCAUGGCCGUGACCAAGUACGUUCCUCCGGAGAGGGUCAUUCCUCCGGGCGCCUACCCGUCCACCACCAAGCGCAUCCAGGAGGAUAGCGCUCUGACGUUGCUCUUGAAGAAGGAUCUGAAGAAGGUAUUCCAGGACUGUAAGAUGGUGGCCGUGGUGCAGAACAGCGCCAGCAGCGCCGAAGACAUGAUGCUUCUCAAGAACAAACUUUUCAAACAUGGCAUCAUCGUCAAGUUCUUCCCAAACCAGGUGAUGCGGUCGUUCCUGAUGGACACGGCCCACAGCAACAUGGCUCCUUUGUUCAUUGGCCCGACGGUGCUGUUUGUUAGUAAAGAGCCGAAGGUGAAGGAGAUGCUGAAGGCUCUGAGGUCCAGUCCCCAGAUGGCCCUACUGGGAGCCUGCAUAGACGACACACUGCUGAGUGUGGACGGGAUAGUGAGCUACUCCAAGCUGCCGUCGGUGGCUGUGGUCCAGGGUCAGCUGGUGAGCGGCCUGACGAUGCUGACCUCCCUCACGGCCUCCCUGCUGCAGCGGCACCCGGCCCACCUGUCGGCUCUGCUGCAGCAGCACGUCCGGCAGCUGAGCCCGGACAGCGGAGCGGCCGAGGAGGAGGCCGCCUCGUGAAGAGGAAUCUAUUCAGACUGUUUUCCUUUAGAGAUGCUUGGAACCACGAGGGAGCGAAGAGCUGGAAGCACACGUCACAUUUAUUUGACUUCAACAAAAAAACUUCCAGGCAGAUUUUCACUGAAUCAAACAAAAUGUCAGAGUGUGUUUAUCGGCCCCUGGGAGCACUGGUGAUUCACACUGGUCGAUGAAGGAUUCUGAAGACUGGACUGGUUUCUGUGCAUCUCAACCUCUUCAUGAAAGUCUUGGAUGGACAAUGCUGCAAAAAUAUCCCAGUAGCCCAAGCUCUUAGUUUAUUUAAAAUAUUGUCACACAUGAAUAAACAAUGUCGACUCAAUUUAUUGCUCUGACUCAAACUGUUUGGAUUUGAGACUCGUCACAUUCUCACUUCUACAGGUUUGUCUGCAAAGAAUAUUGUCAUCAGCUUAUUGUCAGGAUGUAGGAGAAUUUCUUUACCUUUUUGAUUUGCUCAUAGAAUAUAACAGAACAGUGCCAGGUAGCAUUAGCAUCAAGUGGCUUCAUGAGAACCACUCCAGGCGAAAUACACACCAGUGGUCACGGAUCCUGAUGGUUAAUCUGCAGAUUACAUGUUAAUCUGGGUCAGUUAGUCUAUUAUGUCCUGCUUCUCUGAGCGCGGCUGAUUGUACUCUGGAGUUUAACCACUUCACACGUGUCUGCAAAACGAGUGAAUUAUAAAAAACUGUUCAAAUCACAUUACGGUUCAGAAACCAAAGUAAAAAAUGCACAUAGUCUGUAUUUACCCAUUAAAAUAAAAGUCUGAAGAUGCUUUGAUGUUGAUGUUUAUCAGAUAAAGACGCAGAGACGGAAGAGCCAUGGAAACAAAUACCUUGAAGAGGGAUAGAAGAGUUUGUUUCAGAAAUGUAAGAUGGUCGCUGUGGUUCAGAGAAACACUGAUGACAGAACAUUCUUUAUAAACAUGUCAUAACUGUCGAGUUCUUCUCCAAACAGGAAAUUAUUAAAUGUGUGUAUGACUUUA